CGAAACGCAAAUGUUUUGGCGGGAAUCGGUUUGUGAGCUUCAGCUUGUUCAUAGUGUUACAAACUAUUUGGCAGGCGUGUAUUAAACUUUUAUCUAUAUUAUCAUGGAUGAACAGUGUAUACCAGAAUUUCAUAUUCCUUCUUCAGCAGAUGACCUUACAAGUGAUCGUUGGAAAAACGCAGGAAGAUAUACUGUUGAAAACGUGCUUGAUAUCGGAGAUUUGCCAGGAAAACUUGCUGAAUGCCGGGAAGCCAUGCACGAUGUUGGUAUGCUGUUCGUCCUAGACCAUUUUGAUUCACUGUUCUCGGUGAUAGUCCACUUCAGAAAACUGGAGUGGAGUGUGUUAACAAAAGCAUGGGGUGCUGUCAUGCAAGCUUUCAGGAUUAGUGUCAAAGAAUUGGAUAAGACUAUUUGUGACUCAAUGGAAGCAGAUAAGCAGCACAAGUACCGUAAUGCCACAAAAAUGAUGGUGUAUUUGCUUACACAAUAUAUUAAAGGUUUUGAAGACAGACUGGCCGGGUGUGGCAAGGGUAAAAAUAAAAUCAGCAAAGUGUCAGAAAGCAAAGACUGGAACUGGAAAGAACGUAACCAUGAGGCACUGAUUGAAAUAUAUAAUUGCUUACAGUUACCACUGCAAAAUCUUUGGGAUCCAGCUGUCUGCGAAGAAACAUUUUCAGAUAUUAUCGGAAAUGCUUGUUUCAAAUCACUAGAAGAUCCAGGAGUUACACAAGUCAAGAUGAAGCCAAUGUGUGAGACUAUUUUUCAAAUUAUUGGUACGUUGGUGAAAAAGCAUAGAUAUGGUUUCAGUUGCAUUGUGCGAAUUGGCCAGAUGUUACACAUUCAUGAACAUAUGGUGAGUCCAAUGGUGCGCUGUGUGGUUGUAUUAUUCAAAGAAUUCAAGUGUACUCGCAUUGUCCAUGAAAUUCUCCAAGAAAUCUCAAGGAUAGACACUGAAGUGGAUGCAGAUUCAGAGGAGCCUGCAGCUGGAGUGGGUGUAGCAAAAACAUAUGGCCAAUUUAUUGCAGAACUAGCAGAAUCCGUUCCUGAACUAGUAUUGCCUCACAUAGAUUUACUUAAAUCUCUUCUUGAUAUAAAGGCAUAUGUGAUGCGCAACUCAGUCCUGUCUGCAUACAGUAUAAUUGUGCAAAAGUGCCUUAGUGGUGAAGAUUUGUCUGAGGAAGAGAGAAAUAAGAGAGAUGACUUACUAUGUGAUAUGGAAGAUCACAUACAUGAUGUAAAUGCCUUUGUGCGGUCAAGGGUGCUGCAGCUAUGGCAAAACUUGGUGAAGGAGCAUGCUGUGCCUAUUUCUUUCCAUGCUAGUGUGCUAGAGAGAGCAGUGGGUCGUUUGCAUGACAAGAGUGCAUUUGUCAAGAAAAGUGCUGUGCAGCUUGUUGCAUCAUUCCUUGAACAAAAUCCAUUUGCUUCAAGGUUGGGAUUGGAAGAACUUCAAGCUCAGCUAGAAAGUGAAGAAAAAAAGCUACAAGCCAUUGAAGACUCUACUGCAAAACUGCCUCAAAAAGUAGAAGAGGAAUGGAAUGAAUUAGAGCCUGAUCUGAAAGAAGGUCUGACAGAAGUCCUGGAGGCAGAUGACACAUCAACAGAUAUGGAAUGUGAGGAAAUAGAUUUUGCAGAACAAUGUGGACUUGUCUGUAAACUGGUUAAAUCUAAAGAUUACAAGAGUGCCUAUCAACAGCUGCGCUCUUUAGAAGAGAAGCUUCCUGCCCAAGUUCACUGCCUAAAGAACAGUGUUGAUAUAGAAGAACUUCAUGAUAACUGUGUGAAAUUAUUCCGUAAAAUUCAUUUUAUGUAUCAUGGUGAACCUGAAGAGAGUGAAGAAAGUAAGGAACUUAAACGUGUCAUUGCAUUUUUAAAGGAUUCAAUAGCAUAUGUGGAGCUAAUGAACAAAGCCUUACCAGUUAUAUGUUCAUUGCUAACUUCAAUGCAAACAACAGAUAUAGUGGAGGCAAUUGAAUUCAUCACCAGUGCUUACCAAUUUGGUUUAUCUCAGGCAGAGAACAGCAUGCGAGAACUAUUGACUUUGGUGUUGUCUGGAAAUGAAUCUGUUCUGUCUGCUGUAUCUGAAGCUUAUUACCAGGUUUACCUUAAGACAGAAGAAACUGAUUCAAGGAAACAUUCAGAAAUUGUUGUGAAGAACUUGUGCCACUUAGUGUCUACAAUUAAUGCUGGACAAAAGGCAGCAUUGGACAGUCUGCUGUUGGAAUGGCUUAAGAAAGGCUACAUAACUCCAGGUGACAUACAGAUUAUGUGGGAGUGGGUGGCUAUGGCAGAACCAGAAAUAAGUGCAGAGGACAGCAGACAUGCUUUGGUUUUACUGGACAUACUUGCUGUAGAGAAAUCAGAUAUGAUGAAAACAAGAUUGCCAUUUCUCAUUGCUGCUUGUCUAGGAGAACGUGGUCAAAAGGAUUUUCUUCUUGUUACCAUUACUUGUCGACUGAUUGCAAAAUCUCACAGAGAUUCUGAAAGGUUACCAGAGGAUCAUGUGAUGUUCUCAAAUCUUUGUAACAUAUUGCGUGAAGGAUUCCCAAAGAAGGACUGUCCAAAUUAUGUGGUCAUGGCUGAAGCUGCUAUUGAAUUAAUAUACCAGUUGUCCAUGAAACCAGUUGCUGAAAUGGAAUCAUUGGUGAUCAGUUUAUCAGAGCAGCUUCAGAAUUGUAAUCUAAAUAAGGACUCGGGUUCAGAGUCUGGCAAAUAUCCUGCAGAAGUUCUCUCACGUUUCUUGUUUGUUGUGGGUCAUAUAUGUUUGAGACACAUGAUUCAUUUGGAAGAAUAUGUUUACAUCAAACUGAGAAAAAUAGCAACAAAGAACAAAAGGAAGUCGAAAGCUAGUGACACUUCAAAAUCACGAGAGGGUUCUCCAUCUGGUACACAAGCAGAAGAUAAUGAGUAUGAGCAAAUCAGAAUGUUGUGUGAGAAACAUAUUGUGACCGGAACAGAUAUGCUUGCUAUCUGCAGCAAGUUCGUUGUUGAUAUAUGCUCCAAGCCAAAGGAAUAUGAUGGAACCAGUGUUUUAACAUCUGCAUUUUUAGCAUUAUCCAAGAUGAUGGUAGUAUCAAGUGAGUUCUGUGCAGAGCAUAUACAACUUUUCAUGACUGCAUUGAAAACAUCAACUGAUGAAAAGUUGCGUGCAAAUUGCCUGAUAGCCUUUGGUGACAUAGCUUUUCGAUUUCCAAAUGUUGCUGAACCCUGGACUGGAUAUAUUUGUGACAGUUUAAGAGAUACAACAUCAGAUACAGUGCGUCAAACAGCAGUACUGAUUCUCACUCACUUGGUGAUGAAUGACAUGGUGAAGAUCAGGACUCAAAUAGCAGACAUAGCUUUAUGUUUAACAGAUGCACAUCCAGAAAUUUCAUAUACAGCAAAGGUGUUUUUCUAUGAACUUUCACAGAAGGGUAAUGCCUUAUAUAAUACACUACCAGAAAUUAUUUCAAAGUUGACACAUCCUGAAACUAACCUUGAUGAUAGUAAAUUUCGCGCGAUUCUGAAAUUCAUAUUGGGACUAAUUCACCGUGAAAGGCAGUUGGAAACUUUGAUAGAAAAGCUGUGUCAACGAUUAGGUGCUGCAUCUACUGAACAGCAAGCAGCUAAUCUAGCCUUUUGUAUGAGUUUGCUGACUUACAAUGAGAAAUCUCUUUAUCUGCUCAUUGAAAACCUUAAAUGUUAUGCAGAUAAACUCCAUCACAAGCCAGUACUUGACUAUUUCAUGAACAUUGUCAGCAGUUCGAUGAAAAAUCCGAAACAGGAAAUCAAGGCUGUAAGCAGUGAACUGGAGUCAUAUAUUCAGGAUAUUGUAAAUGGAACGGGUGAGAAAAAGCAAGAUGGUGACGAGCAAGAACCAGACAGGCCACCAAGAACAACAAAGACACCGUACCGUCGAAGAGGUACCAGGCAGGCACCAUCAACAGUUAAAAAGCAACUGCAAAAAGGGAAAACUCCUAGACGAAGAAAACCAAAAACACCUUCUUCUACAUCUGAGAGUAGUGACCUGGAAGAAUGAGAAACCUUUUAGGUUUUAUUCAUUUUAACUGACAUAGGGGAAAUGCUUCCUGCAAUUAAGCCCAUAAUUUAUACAUUGAACAAAACAUGACAAAGUGCAAUAUGUACAAUCAUAAGAAGGGCUACAAAUGCUUUCAUGCUGGCACACAACUAUUUUAAUGUGUCAAUAUGCAUGACAACUUUAAACUGCCUUUUUGAAAACAGGAAUAAUUAUUUUAUUAAUUUUUAUAUUUAACUCUCCACUGAUACUCCGCAAGUAGGGCUCUGUAUUAUUGUAUAACUGACCUGUUAGUUCUAAAUGUACAGGAUUUUAUUUAGUUAACUGGUGACUGAAUUAAAUGUACAGUAUCUCUGCAUAGUGAUAAAGUGCACGUGCACAUUUUAUGUAUUGCUGCCAGUAUGAAUGAAUUAGUUUUUACUAGUAUCAUAA